ACCCGCUCUGCUGGCAGCAGCUGAGAACUUCACGGUCCUCAUCAAGAACAACAUCCGGUUCCCUGCAUUCAACUUCAUCCGGAGGAACAUCCUCCCAGAGAUGAGCAAAGACUACCUGAGGAGCUGCCAGAGGAGCAACGACUCUCUGUGCCCCAUCUUCAGACUGGGAGACGUCGUCCGGGAGGCCGGGGACAAGUUCUCUGAAAUGGCCGUGGAGGGGGGCGUCAUCGGCAUCCUGAUCAAGUGGGACUGUAACCUGGACCGACUCACGCAGCGCUGCCUCCCGAAGUACUCCUUCAUACGGCUGGACGAGAAGGAGAGCAACCGGACGCUCUACCCAGGCCUCAACUUCAGAUUUGCAAAGUACAACACGGUGAGCGGGGUGGAGGAGCGGACGCUGUACAAAGCAUUCGGGAUCCGGUUCGAUGUCAUGGUGUUCGGAGAGGCGGGGAAGUUCAGCUUCACUCAGCUGAUCAUCUACAUCGGGUCCACGCUGUCGUACUACGCGCUGGUGAGACGUGUUACACAUUAAUAACCAACACGUUGUAAAUAAACUCGCUCGCUUCCUGGUGAAGACGAGAGGAUUAAACAUCUCUUCUCCAGAGGUGGAAGAAGUACUCUUCAGAUCUGGUACUCGCAGUAAAGUAUAGCAGCACUACAGUGUAGAAAUACUCUUAGCAUCAAAACGACUGAAAGUAGCAAAAGUAAAAGUUCUCGUUAUGCAGAACGGAACGUUUCAUUAUCAUGUUUCUAAUGUUAUAUUUAUUAUUAUAUGAUUAUAUUCAUAUGUUUCUAUUUACACAAAAAAUAUAUAAAUCACAAAACCACAUUCAUUUGCAUCCGCAAAUAUGAAACGGAUAAAAUAUAAGAUGCAGGAUUUUAAUGUUUUGAGAACAAUAUCAAAAAACAAAAAGGAACAAUCAUAAAAACAAAAAUUUGAUUUGAUAAAUAAAUAUGAUACAUCUUGUAUAAUUCUAGGGAUAGGAACGCAUCCCACCACAUUAUUCUUUCUCUAUUAUAUUUCCUAUAUUAUAUUGUAUUGUAUUCCCCUGCAGAUGAAUUUCCCCUUUGGGAUAAUAAACAGUUUAACACUUUAUCUCAAUAACAUAAAAUAACAUAAAGCCAUAUUUGGUGUCACAGUUAUGUUGACACAUCAGCACCAUCGACUGAUGCUGCAGGUAAAUGUGAAGCGUGUGUGUGUGU